AUGUUCCCUUCAUUGGUAUUAUCAUCUCCCGUAGUUUGCAUUCCCUGCACGUAUGUGUAUUCAACCGCGUCCACUCAUCGAGUGCGCGCACCGCGACGGCGCGUUUUCCCCCGAUUAGGGGUUCAUAAUGCAGUUCAGCAACACACAUACAGCAAAGAGAACGAUGAUGUCUUAGCGAAUUCAAUACUAUCAAAUGGAAAAGUCACAAAGAUUGCGCAUCAGCUACUUCGUUCUUGCGUGCGAGCGGACGAUGUAGUCGUAGAUUUGACCUGUGGUAGAGGAACUGAUACACUUUUGUUUUUAGAGCUAGUUAAAGCUGAUGGUUUGAUUGUUUCGCUCGAUAUUCAACAAGAAGCGCUUGACAUCACGAGGAGAAGAAUACGUGAAGAGUUCUGCGAACACAUUAGCGACGAGGCCGAACGAAAGAAAAUAGAAGAGAGAGUGUAUUUUGCCCGAACAUGUCACUCUGUGUUUGAAUCCGUCGUUGACGGGAUUGCGGAGAAGAAAGGAAAGAAAAAAUCCGAAACGAACGAAAUAGAAAUAGGAGCGAUUACGAUGAACUUGGGAUAUUUGACCGGGAAGGAUACGGAUAAAUCAAUCGUAACGAGAACUAGAACUACGUUAGAGGCGCUCGAUAAAGCGAGUAAAUUGUUGCGCGUCGGUGGUUUGAUCACUAUUUGCUGCUAUCGUGGACAUGAAGGAGGUUCAGAGGAAACCGACGCCGUUCUCGAUUUUGUUUCGCGUUUUCCACCAGAGAUUACGGUUACAAAAAUAGACGUAUUAAACCGGUCUGGGCCUGUAUUGCUUAGCUGCUAUCGCCAACGGUGA